GAGCCGAAGGGAGAAAGAAGGCGGACAGAAAGAGGGGGAGUCCAAGUCCUCUUCCUUCUCUUCGCCUUUUUCCUCAUCUCCGCGUCAAAAUCGAUCUACUCCCUCCUUCUCCUUCCCUUCCCUUCCCUCCCCCCUCCUUUUUUUUUCCCACCAAACGAACCCCCCCUUUCUAGAACCCCUCUCGUUCUUCUCUCUUCCUUCAGAACCCAGUCAAUCUCCAGAUAUCCAUUUCAUUCCUCCUCUCCUUUUCUUCUUCGAUUUCUUGUCUUCCUUCCUCUUUCAAUCGUUUCCUUUUCUUUUUCUUGGCUUCAGUCAAGAACUGGGAUUUGGAGUCAUCGAUAUCGGGCCGUCUGAUCGGUUCUUGGGGUAGGCGAGAUGGAUUUGUUCCACAGGGCGAAGGCGGUCCGGCUGCGGAGCCACCACGACAAGUAUUUGAUGGCGGACGAUGACGAGGAGCACGUGCGUCAGGACCGCAACGGGGCGUCCCGCAACGUCCGAUGGACGGUUGAGAUCGUGGACGCGCCCGCCCCGGUGCUGCGCCUCAAGAGCCUCUACGGCCGCUACCUCACCGCCAGCAACGAGCCCUUCCUCCUCGGCGUCACCGGCCGCAAGGUCCUCCAGACCGUGCCCCCCCGCCUCGACUCCUCCGUCGAGUGGGAGCCCAUCCGCGACGGCGUCCAGGCCAAGCUCAAGACCCGCUACGGCCACUUCCUCCGCGCCAACGGCGGCCUCCCGCCAUGGCGCAAUUCCGUCACCCACGAUAUCCCCCACCGCACCGCCACACAGGAUUGGAUUCUGUGGGACGUCGACGUCAUCGACAUAAUCCCCAGCCCCUCUGCUUCUCCCCGCAUGCCGUAUCAGCCGGCCGACCAUAACAGACCUUCCUCGCCCGCCAACAUGUCCCCGAAGAUGUCCAAGAUGAAGUCAUCAUCUUCUUUUUCUGGGUCGCCGCGCAAAGUGGAGGGUCGGACUAUCCACUACUACCUCGCAGAUGAUGAUGGCAACUUGGAUGAGAGCUUCGAGGGAUCUUCCUUCGUUUUCAAUGGGCCAAGCGUGGAGGAGUUGACCCACAAAUUGGAGGAGGAAACAAAUUUCAGCGAUAUAAUUGUGUGCUACCGAAAUCCGGUGAAUGGGAAGCUCUGCCCUCUUCAUCUGACACUCCCACCUAACAAUAUGACGAUGCAUGUUGUGGUAGUCCAGGCCUCGUCAAAAGUUCUGAUCCCUGGACUCUUGGAUUUGAACGGUUGUUGCCUGCAUUAGUUGUAGCUGACCGAUUGUUACAAGUGGCAAAGACUUUCGCUUGGCCAAUUGCUGAAUGAAUUUAUGCAGUCGAACAUCACAUCCACUGGAUCUGUACAUUAUGCCAUUCCAUUCACUUACAGGUGCAUAAUGAAUAAUAUUUUUAGCCAUUCUUUAUAGGCUGGCAUGGAUCUCAAUCACAGUUUAUCCUGCUUUGCUAUCAAAUAUCUGCUCCUAUGGAGGUUGGACAUGAUAUCAGCAAAGAUAUUUUUCAAAAAUAUUGGGGGUUUUGUAGGACCAGUCUAUCAAAAAUGUUGAAGGAUAAUUCUCUCCUUGCUGCCAUACUAGAUCGUCUCAUUACAGAGACAAAAUCAAACUGCAUGUGCUGGAAAAUUUUGAUUUGUAAUUAUAUGUCAAAUGUCUCAUUUUGAUGGUAGGCAUUUAUCUUUGCCAUUGAUGCAUCUAUGGUACAUACUUAUUUGGUGGAUGAUUGGAAAAAGCUUGCGGUCUAAAUUUUGGAGAGUUGAGUUCUGAACUGUGGAAGAAGCAAAAGAUAAAGACUUUCUGUGCUUUACA